GGCAUUUUUGAGUUUGACAUUGACAAUCAAUCAUCUGUUUUUGUAAAAAUAGUUUGAGCAAUGGGUUGAGUAGACCUAAUUCAAAUUAAAAGACAUGGUCCAAUUAUUAUAUAUCGUUGCAAGUUUACAUGUAUUAUUAUGCCCUUUCACUAAAGUGGAAGAAAGUUUUAAUAUACAAGCAUUUCAUGACAUUUUGUAUCACAGACAUAACCUAUCACAGUACGAUCACAAUGAAUUUCCCGGUGUUGUGCCGCGUACAUUUUUGGGACCGCUAGUUAUAUCAGCAUUAUCAGCUCCUUUAGUUGGAAUCUUACAUAUCGCCGGAAUUAAUAAAUAUUGGAUGCAAUAUGUAGUACGUCUGAUGCUUGCUCUGACAGUCAUCGGAGCAUGGAGUCGGCUCAGGGAUGCACUGCAGAAGCAGUUCGGCAAUACAUUCGCCUGGUGGUUCACAAUCAUAUCAGUAACUCAGUAUCACUUCAUGUUUUACAUGAGCCGCCCUUUACCUAAUAUUAUGGCACUACCUCUAGUACUUUUAGCAUUUGAAGGAUGGAUAUCAGGAAAACAUAAGCUGUUUCUAAUAUCAGCGGGUGCUGCAAUAGUUAUCUUUAGAUCUGAGUUGGCUAUGCUGUUUGGCCUGUUCCUUAUAAUAGACCUAUAUUUCAAGAAAAUUGAUUUCAAAACGUUAUUCAAAAUAGUGGUACCAGCUGGAGCAGGUUUGGUAGCUUUGACAGUGGUAGUUGAUUCCAUCUUCUGGAGACGCCUUCUAUGGCCUGAAGCAGAAGUGUUCUUGUAUAAUACUGUCAUGAACAAAAGUUCUGAUUGGGGUACAUCACCAUUCCUAUGGUACUUCUACUCCGCUCUGCCGCGUGGUCUCGGCCCCAGCUUGGUGCUCAUCCCAGCAGGCGUAUACCUCGACCGCAGGCUCGUGCAAUAUGCUGCUCCAGCUUUCGUCUACAUACUGUUGUACUCGCUGCUGCCUCAUAAGGAACUGAGGUUUAUUAUCUAUGUCUUCCCGCUGCUGAAUAUGGCGUCAGCAGCAGCUUGCUCAUAUAUAUACAUCAGGAAGACUAAAGCCCCUUUAUACGAGCUAUUAUUCUGGGGCACUAUUGUCGUAAUAGUGGGCAACAUAGUGAUGUCCCUGGCAUUCGUCUUAGUAGCAAUGACUAAUUAUCCUGGUGGAGUAGCCAUUACAAGAUUCCACAAGCUGCUCAAAGACGAGCCAUUUGUUCAUGUGCAUAUCAGUAAUUUAGCUGCUCAAACGGGAGUCACAAGGUUCACCCAGAUCAAUGACAACUGGAUAUACAGUAAAAACGAAUCAUUGCAAAUAGAGCAACUGCAGGAAUACACACAUCUCAUCGUCGAAGCUAAGAGCAAAUAUUCAGCAAACAUGAAAGCCUUUGCUAACACACAUGUUGUUUUAGACAGCAUUGACUCAUUUUCACAGAUUGCUAUGAACUACAAACUCAUACCGCCAAUAAAAAUCAAAACAAAACCCGCCUUAUUUAUUCUAGAGAUGAAAGGUUUCAGCAAUUUUCCAUCUCGUCCAAUCCACAAGUCCUCUGCCCCGGUUUCCGAAGAAUCAGUAGAAGAAAGCGUUGACUCUGUGAAUGAUAAAGAUAAUACGAUACCAAGUUCAUCUAUUAUUGCAGGUGAAGCCAUUAUGGAAGAAAGUAGUCAAAUAGAUAAGCCAAUAUCCAAAGAAGUCAUUGAUGGUGAAGUAAUUACUCCAAUUGAAAAAUCUAUGGUAGAUGAGGAAACAACGACAGCAACAGAGGAUCUUGAAUCUCAAAAACUGCCAAAAGCAAAGAAGGCACUUGAUGAGUUUAGAAGUUUACGGCAAGAAAGGAAAAAGAAGGCGAUCGAAAAGAUAAAAUUGGAGACUCGAAAAGAAGUUGUGGCGUCAGCUAAAGAAAAGCUGCGUGAUAUUAUGAAACGGCAUAAACAUAUAGCUCAUGAACUAGCCGAUAAUAAAGUGACCGAAGACGAAAUUCUACUUGAAGAUAAAGAUGGACGUGGAGAUAUUCCCGAAAAAGCUGCUGAAACUGGAGAAAUUGAAAUACCUGUAGUUGAUAAACAAGAAUACAUUGAGCCGCAAAAUGUUGAGCCACAAGAUACCGACACAUUGGAUGAUAUUCUUCAACUCACUGAUACAGAUACGAACGAAAAUAUUGAUGCGAUAGUGGAAGAAGUUAUAGUCAGGUUGAUAGAUAGGAAAAUUUACGAUGACAAAACAAAACCCGAAGAUAUAAAAGCUGAAGACAGGCAAAUUAUACAGAAGAUUGUUGAAGAAGUUCUCGCAGAAAGAAUGAAUUAUUCUAAUGCCGAAAUCAAAUGAUCUCAUUGAAUUUACAAAUGUGCCAAUAUGUUAAACUUGAGUUCUUUUAUGCUAAUUUAAAUGAUAAACUUACGUGUAUCAGUGUAUUGUCCAAAGAAAUUCACACAUUGUUUUUCUGCUUAUAUUUGUCAAAGGAAGUUACUGUUAAUUUUGCUAGACAUCUUCGGUUGUGAUAAAUUGAUACAGGAACAGCAUUUACGUUUGAAGCAUUUUCCGUUUUUAUAUCAUAAUUACAACUACCGCAGCAAGUUUCUCUAGUCAUAAGAUUAUAAUUUCAAGUUGUGAAUAAAGUUACAAUGUUAAAA